AGAUAUGGAGAUGAGACAGACACGAUUUCGCUUGGUUGUGUUGGGUCCUGGGAAAGUGGGAAAAACAUCAAUCAUUCGGCGUUAUCUUCAUGGAGCUUUCGAUGAAAAAUACAGAGAAACCGUUGAGGAUCUUUAUUCGAGAAAUUUCAAUAUACAGGAAAUAGAAAUAUCACUGGAAAUUCUGGACACAAAUUUCGAUUAUCCGGGCAUGCGCAAAAUUGCGAUAGCAUCUGCCAAUGCAUUCAUGCUUGUUUUUGCCGUCAAUGAUGUGGCUAGUUUCAAGCAGAUGAGUGACAUAUGGUCACAGAUUGUGCAGCAACGAAAAGAUGCUCGAACCCUUCCAACUGUUAUUGUCGGGAACAAGUGCGAUUCAUCUUCUCAAAAAGUCUAUGAAGCAACAGUUCGAGCAUGGAUGCAACGUUCAAAUUUCAAUAUAAGUUAUGUCGAAUCCUCUGCAAAAAUGAACUAUAACAUAAUGAAAAUAUUCCGAAAUUUUCUGGAUCAAAGUCGUUUGCUGGAUGAAGAAAAGUGGGCAAAACAGCAGAAAUUGCAAUCCCAUGAAAUUUCGCCAAUAAAGAAGCUUAAUCGGAACUGGUCAUUACCGGUUAACAAAGCUAAAGGUAGCAGUCCAAAGGCUCUUAAACGAUCGGGUAGUCUUAUACGACGCUCAAAGCAUCAAUCAUUGCGAAUGAAAUGCCAUGAUAAGGAAAUACCAUUAGGUGAAAGCGAUUGUAAAAUAUCAUAGUUAAAAGUGCCAUUUCUCCAGCUUACUGUAAAUAUAAUCACUGUGAAAUGCUUUUUAUGUAAAUUUCUUUUAACUGACGAAUCAAUUUUGAAAUCCAUCCAGAUGCGGCAGCUUUAGUUAUACUCCCUUAUUUAUAUCUUCACAUUAAAGUGAAGAGCUAAAAGAAAUACACCUCCG